GCUCGAGCAAACUCCAUACCUUCGUCGGCUGGACGCUGUCAUCCUUCGACCUCUGCUUCUGACAGUGUCGUCGUAUGCCUGAAGAUUUCUUGUCUCCUCCUUUUUCGCUGCAUGUACUUGUAUCGCAGAGCACUGGCUGCGUUGGGAUCUCUUGACUGAGAAUCCUCAUUCACUUCUCUCAUUGUCAUUACAUAGUCUACUCACGUUCUCUGGAUUGGCUGGUUACCAACGGACGAACAGCUCGUGCGAUGAUAUGAUCUGGAUAGAUGCGUUUCGAUACUAUACACUGAAACAUAACGUCUCCAGGCUUCUCCCCUUGCACAUAUCAGACCACAUACAACAAUGUACCGACAGUUGCUAUCCUUAGCGCUUCUCUUCAGUCAUGUCUCGGCAUUCUAUCCAUACGGCAGUGACGAUGGUGACGAAGAUAAAAGAUCGCUCUCGUCGAAUAUUGGAAUGCGCGAUCGGGAUGCCUCAGGAGGCAUCACGCUCGACAUAAAGAGGAUGAGGGCGAAGAGGGACAAUACCUUUACCGUGGUCAAGUCGAGUACACCUAGCGCUCCCAAUGCUAUGGCGAUCGAUUCAGACGGUUCCGACUUUACCUACUUCUCUGUCAUGGAAUUCGGAUCUUCGGGACAACAAAUGUACAUGCUAAUUGACACGGGGUCGGCGAACACAUGGGUCAUGGGGUCUGGUUGUCAAUCAAAUGCCUGUCUAAUACAUAACACCUUCGGCAGUGCCGAAUCGACUACUCUUAAUACAACUUCUCAGUCAUGGAGUCUCAGCUAUGGCACGGGCGAGGUGCAGGGUGUGGUGGCUCAAGAUACCGUCAAGUUUGCGAAUUAUUCUGUCCGCAUGGGAUUCGGGCUGGCAUCAAGUGCCUCGGACGACUUCAACAACUACCCAAUGGACGGCAUAUUGGGCCUUGGACGGCCGAGCUCGGACACCUUGGGUACGGAUACUAUCAUGCAAGUGCUAGACCAGCAAGGGACUUUGCCUAAGAACAUUGUCGGCGUCCAUCUUCAGCGAGCAUCAGAUGGCACGAACGACGGAGAAAUCACAUUUGGAGGUGUCGACUCGUCCAGGUACAGUGGCAAGCUAUCAUACACCAAAGUGGCCAACACUGAGAAUUGGGAAAUCGCAGCAAGCGAUGCCGGCGUCAAUGGAAAUGGGGUCGGCUUCACGGGCAAGACUGCCAUCAUCGACACUGGAACGUCGUAUAUUCUCAUGCCUGAGGCUGAUGCACAGGCAGUGCACAACCUGAUCCCAGGGAGCUCCCAAAAUGGUGAGAUCUUUGUGAUUCCCUGCUCAACCACAGCGAGCGUAUACUUCACCUUCUCCGGGAUACAAUACACCGUCCCAUCGAAGGACUUUAUCGGACAAACCGUGGGAGACGGGUGCCAGAGCAAGAUCAUCGGACAUCAGGCAUUCGGACCGAAUGAGUGGAUUCUGGGCGACGUGUUUUUGAAGAAUGUCUACACUGUGUUCGACUUUGACAACAACCAAAUCGGUUUCGGUACCACUGGAGGGAGUUCAAGUUCGUCGUCGUCAUCUUCGGCAUCCUCCUCCUCUUCCUCCGCUUCAUCUUCAGUAGCAGCCGACUCAACAUCUACCACAGAUUCAUCGGCAUCCACUAAGACUUCCUCUAGCUCUCAUACCUCAAGUUCCGAGCCGUCGACUACGUUCAGGACAACGACUUCCACUGGCAGUUCAUCGACAUCUUCAUCCUCCGCUCAGGCGACAACAUCGUCUGGUGUGACUGACAGCAGUCCAUUCGCGAGCUCCUUUGCAACGCCGCAGAUCAACACGAAUUCUGUGGCGGCACUAUUGCUCGCACUGCUAGUCGCCUUGCUAUUGUAACGCAUGAUGAAGAAUGCUCAUUCGCAAUAUAUGGUUGACGGAUACAAAGCUGCACAGUGCACAUAGUCCUUGUAUUGUAGUCUUAAAUGAAAUGGAACACAUGCCAACCCAUACAAAAUCCU